UGUGGUCCGUAUUAUCUUCGUCUGGAAUUACUGCUAUAAUAAUGAGAACAGCUACAAAGAAGAAAAUUCUAAAUGAAAACCCAAAUAACAUCGAAAUUAUGAAAAAGAGCUUAAAACCUGUAAUUGAGAAGAAAAGACGAGACAGAAUGAACAUAAGUCUCAGCGAGUUGAGGAAUUUGUUGCUGAACUACACAUCAGAUUCGCGUUUGCGGAACUCCAAACUGGAGAAAGCCGCGAUCUUAGACCUGACUGUAGAAUUUCUUCAAGAAAUGACAGAAAAACGAAGCAUGAGCAAAGAUUGUUCAUGUCAGGAUGUGUGUUAUCCAGGGGAGAUGGAGCAGUGUAUUCGGAGUGAGGUGUCCAUGGCAGAUGCCCGCAGCCCCCCAGCAUCAGCCUAUUCCUGGCCUCCUCACCCUGUCAUCUGCACCGCAGGCUUCCAGCAUCGUGUUCCUCACCUGGGCAACCUUACGGCCAGCAGUGUCCCACUGGAGAGAGAGGGCCUCACCAGAGGGCUGAAGAGCUACAUAAACAACCAGGAAGAUCCAGCAACCAACAACAGUAUGGGCAUGUGUCCGUCCAACUGCAACCAAACCCCUAGCACCGGUGAGCGGCGGUGCUCUUCCUCCCCAACAACAGACUUCGCUCUGAGGUCGGGUAUGAAGGAGACUGUUCAUUGGGCAGACGGGGAGCCUGUGAGAGUGGGAUGUGGUAAUCCCUACACACUGAAGGCUCUUUUUUGCAAAUGCAAAUCCACUUUUUCCGCCACGCUCCGUUCUUCCAGCCAACCCGAUGGCCUCUCAUACAAUUCCCCCCCGGAGUACCAUUCCCCACCCCUUCCCCCCUGCAUGGCUGGUUCUUUGGCUCUCACCACCCCUCCCAGCAUUCCCUCUUUUCCCUGUCACUUCUCUCCUAGCUUGUCACCUCUACCCAUCGAACCCUUCUGCUCUGGGUCCUUGUCGCUGCAUUAUAUCCCUCCUGUUAGCUUUUCACCUCCCCUCCCUCUCUUGACACCCCCUCUACACCCCUCCCCCCUCCUGACCUGUCCCUGGUCCUCUGUGCCUGCCACAAGGCGAGAGUUAUUUGCCAGCUCCAGACACUGGAGACCCUGGUAGAAAGCCAGGUGUGCACCAUUUAUACAGAAGGACUAUUAAACAAUAAACAGGAGGGAAAGGAACAGGUGACGUUCAUAAUCCUUUCCCUGAUAUUGUGUAUCAGAGGAUAUUACCUCUCUCUUUCACUUUUUACUUAAGACCUGUAAAUAUGGAUUGUAUAUACUGUGUAUAAAUGAAUACAUACAUAUAUAAAUAUUAUUUUUGUUUUUGUCUUGUAAACACAUUGUUAGAUAAUAAAAUGA